CGAGCAGCCCCGCGCCCGCGCACCGCCCCGCGCCCGCCGUACCUGGCCCAGCAGCGCGGCGGGGACCGGCUCCGCGGCCGGCCCGGUGAGUUCCCCAAGUCCCAGAAGCUGUGUGGCCUUGGAUAGCAAUGAUGAAGAUCCUACCUAUUGCUCCUCUCCUCCUGCUGGUCCUAACGGCGCUGGAAGCCAGACCAAAACCUGCAGCCCUGAAGUGUAAGACGGGCCCCCUGGACAUCGUGUUCGUGAUCGACAGCUCCCGCAGCGUGCGCCCCUUUGAAUUCGAGACCAUGCGGCGGUUCAUGAUCGAUAUCAUCAGCAGCCUGGACGUGGGCCCCAAUGCCACGCGGGUGGGGGUGAUCCAGUACUCCAGCCAGGUGCAGAACAUCUUCUCCCUCAAGACCUUCUUCAAGCAGGAGGACAUGGAAAAGGCCAUCAAUAACAUCAUGCCACUGGCCCAGGGCACCAUGACAGGGCUGGCCAUCCAGUACACCAUGAACGUGGCGUUCACCACGCAGGAGGGUGCACGCCCGCCGCACAAGAAGAUCCCCCGGGUUGCCAUCAUCGUGACGGACGGCAGGCCCCAGGACCGCGUCAGUGAAGUGGCCGCCCAGGCCCGUGCUGCUGGCAUUGAGAUAUAUGCCGUGGGCAUCCAGCGGGCGGACAUGAACUCGCUGCGGGCCAUGGCCUCACCACCGCUGGAGGAGCACGUCUUUCUGGUGGAGUCAUUUGAGCUCAUCGAGCAGUUCGGCAAGCAGUUCCAGGACAAGCUCUGCGGGGCGGACAUGUGUGUGGAGCGGGACCAUGGCUGCCAGCACAGCUGCGUGAGCAUCCCCGGCUCUUUCUACUGUGAAUGCAACCCGGGAUACAGGCUCAACGUGGACGGAAAGACAUGCUCCCCCAUCGAUGCGUGUGCAGACGGGAGGCAUGGCUGUGAGCACCAGUGCGUCAGCACUCGUGGGUCCUACUCGUGCCGCUGCCAUGCAGGUUACUACCUCAACCAGGACAAGAAGACCUGCACGAUGAUCGAUUACUGCAGCUUCGGAAACCACAGCUGCCAGCACGAGUGUGUGAGCAUCCCCAACGGGCACUACUGCCGCUGCCGCAGCGGCUUCACGCUUCAGGCCGACAGCAAGUCGUGCAGGGCCACCGACCUCUGCAAUGGGGUGGACCACGGCUGUGAGUUUAAGUGCAUAAGUGCCGAGGGCUCUUACCACUGCAUUUGCCCCGAGGGACAGCAGCUCCAGGCUGACGGGAAGACGUGUAACAAGUGCGGGGCUGGGCACGUCGACCUGGUCAUGGUGAUCGACGGCUCCAAGAGCGUCCGGCCCCAGAACUUUGAGCUGGUGAAGCAAUUUGUGAACCGCAUCGUGGAUCUGCUGGACGUGUCCCCUCACGGCACCCAGGUGGGGCUGGUGCAGUAUUCCAGCCGCGUGCGCACCGAGUUCCCCCUCAACAAGUACACGACGGCGGACGAGAUCAAGAAGGCAGUGAUGAACGUGGAAUAUAUGGAGAAAGGCACCAUGACAGGCCUCGCCCUCAAGCACAUGGUGGAGCACAGCUUCUCCGAGCUGGAAGGUGCCAGGCCUCUCUCCCACAAUGUGCCCAGAAUUGGGCUGGUCUUCACAGAUGGGCGCUCCCAGGAUGAUAUCUCUGAAUGGGCCAGGAGAGCAAAGGAAUCAGGAAUCGUCAUGUUCGCUGUUGGUGUUGGCAAAGCUGUGGAAGAGGAGCUAAGAGCAAUCGCCUCUGAGCCGGUGGAGCAGCACUUCUCCUACUCGGCAGAUUUUACCACCAUGACCCAUCUCGUGGAGAACUUCAAGCUGAACAUCUGCCCGGAGGAGGGCAAAGGGGAGAUGGAGAUCCGCAGCCCGUGCGAGUGCGAGGCGCUGGUGCAGUUCCAGACCAACACCGUGGCCAUCCUGGAGAGCCUGACCGAGAAAAUUGCUCAGAUGACGGCCAGACUCGACGACUUGGAAAAGCAGAUUGCCAACAAGAAUUGAUCCUUGCAGGAGGCCAGAAGUGCUCAGACGGGAGCACGGAGAAGUGCAGUAGCCAUGUGGCAUUGCUAUUGCUAGAUUAUUGUAAACCGUCAUUGUUUGUUCUUGUAUCACAAAAUCCUGAGGGGGACUCAGAGUGUAUUUAAAAAAAAAAAAAAAAUCCAAAAAAGAACUCAACCAAAACCCCCUGUUGCAAAGCAAAUGGGUCCAGCCUUUGCUGUUACCUUGUUCCUCCAAACUGGCAUUUGGGAUGCAGUGGGAUGUGACUGCGUGGUCAGUUUGGGCCUUUGGAGAAGAGAUGUGAUGCACGGCCGUUUCCUAAAGCGGCUGGGAUGGACCAGCUGCUGCUGGCACCAGCCUCACUGCAGAGGCCCCCGCACAGCUCCUCUGGCUGCUUUGCAAGAGUAAAAACGUGGGGAGCGUGUCCUGGGCGUCUCUGCUGUCCCCACGUCUGCUGAGGAGCUGUGAGACAGGGAAGCCUGGAGCCCUGCGGGAAGCCUGGCUCCCGCCGCGCGGCUUGUCCCCGCGCCCUUCGCAGCAAGGGAAGGCGGAGCACAGCCCUGACGUGCCCCCGGCAGGGCGCAGGGUCCCCGCGGAACUGCCCUUCGUCCCCGUUUGGCAGAAUUGUAUCGGAAUCGGUCAUUAUCCCGUUUGGUUUUUAUCAAAUAGCAAAAUGAUAAUAAUUCUCUCUAUAAAUAUCUAUGUGUGUGUAUAUAUAUAUUUCAUUUUGAGAGCAGGUUAGUACUAUUUUUAAACACUUCUUUUAUAUAUAUAAAUUUCUAUCCUGACAAUAAAAACAUGGAAGAUUUCUAUGA